AUGGGACCACAUGCCAAUGAUAGCCAAAAGCUGGCAGGUUUCUAUGGUGACCACAACGAUGGCAUCAGUUCAAUUGAAUUCAGUUCGUCUACACUUCCACACACUUGCCAAUUUCUAGUAGUAACAGCUGUCCUUUCUUCUGCUCAUAGUCUUAAAACUGAUUUGAUUAAAGAAAACCCCUCCAACAAUCAUCAGCUAGCAAUGAGUGCUGAAUUCAAAGAUGAGGUUACUUCGUUUCUAAUUGAAAAGCUUCGUGACACUGAAGUGUUCAAGUUUAUCCAGAGCCUUAUUCGUGAGUCAGUGGAACGAAUAAUCAGACCUGACAUCGGCAUGAACGUCAAGGAACUAAGCGACCAAAAGCUCAUUUGUCAUUCAAUAAUAUACCACUACUUAAUAAAUGCUGGCUAUCGAGCAGCAGCUGAAGUGAUGCAGGCUGAAUGCUAUGAGUGCUUCCUUUCACAUGAUUUCCUCAUGAACAAUGUCGAACCCUUCGAUGAUAACUCAGUGGAAACGAGCCUAGGACAGCACAAAUUAAAGGACGGGAUCACUAUAACGAGAGUCAGUCGUCGUAAAAGUGGUAACGGUAUCGUCAGUGAUAUGAAGCUUCCAACUAAACCCGAUCCCCAAUACGAGCAAACUAAGGAGAAAAUCCGAGAAGAAAUCAUCACGUCCGCCGAUAAAGCAGUUGAACGGAAGCACGAACUGAUGAAGGCAAAUGAGAUGCUUAACGAAGAACUAACGGACGAGGAAGAAGAGGACGAGGAAUCUAAAGAGAGAGAAUCUGAGACGAAAUUUUCAACGUCGUCCGAAUCGACAACUGUUGAAUCUGAAACCCCAGAUUCGAAUCCGCGAUUACUCUAUCCGGAAGCUAGCGUGUUACCCACUGGAGCACUGAGGCCGUUGCCUGAUCUUUCUCACAGUCAAGUCGAUGAACUCAGCGACAUCGAGACGAUCGCUGGAAUCGAUCAACUUUUAGAAUCCGCUCGAUCUGACAGCAUAUCGUUCUAG